UUUUGAUUCGAUAUUGCGAUGACGUCAGAUUCAUGCGCCGGAAAUACUCGUUGGUGACGCAUUUAGUUGCCGCGGUUGUAGCGAAAUGCUAAACUGCAUUAAACUAAUUUUAAAUGAAAAUUUCACAAUAUUUGUAGCAAAUUGUUUACUUCUUUUGGUCAGAAUGCACUGAAAUGAUCUUCGUUCUUUCUAUUCGCGGUUUAUAAACGUUCGGCGUUUAUUCAUCAUGUCGUUUCUGGUGGACUCUGUCAUCAUGUUUACCUCUCAGGUUCUAUUCUUUGGGUUCGGUUGGUUGUUUUUUAUGCGGCAGCUAUUCAAAGACUAUGAGGUGCGGCAGUAUGUAGUCCAGGUGGUUUUCUCUGUCACAUUUGCAUUUUCAUGCACCAUGUUUGAGCUCAUUAUCUUUGAGAUCCUGGGUGCCUUAAGUAGCAGUUCAAGGUAUUUCCACUGGAAGCUGAAUCUGUAUGUGAUUCUGCUGGUUUUAAUCUUCGUGGUGCCUUUCUACAUCGGUUACUUUGUUGUCAGUAACAUACGCCUGCUGCAGAGGCAAAGACUUCUAUUUGCGUGUAUGGUGUGGUUCACUUUCAUGUAUUUCUUCUGGAAGUUGGGAGACCCGUUCCCCAUCUUGAGUCCUAAACAUGGGAUUCUGUCCAUCGAGCAGCUGAUCAGUCGUGUGGGAGUCAUAGGAGUCACUCUGAUGGCGCUGCUGUCGGGGUUUGGUGCCGUCAACUGUCCAUACACGUACAUGUCCUACUUCCUCAGAAAUGUAACAGACGGUGACAUCCUCGCUCUGGAGAGGCGGCUGCUCCAAACAAUGGACAUGAUUGUCAGCAAAAAGAAACGAAUCGCCAUGACGAGGAGGCAGAUGUACCAGAGAGGGGAAGACCAGAACAAGCAGACGGGAUUCUGGGGGAUGAUCAAGAGUGUCACCUCUACACAAUCGGGCAGUGAAAAUCUCUCUUUGAUCCAGCAGGAGGUCGAUGCUCUGGAGGAGUUGAGCCGACAACUCUUCCUCGAAACAGUAGACCUUCAAUCUACCAAGGAGCGAAUCGAAUACUCAAAGACAUUCCAGGGGAAAUACUUCAACUUCCUUGGCUACUUCUUUUCUAUUUACUGUGUUUGGAAAAUCUUCAUGGCUACGAUAAAUAUCGUGUUUGACCGGGUUGGAAAGACCGAUCCAGUAACCAGAGGCAUUGAAAUCACUGUGAACUAUUUGGGCAUCCAGUUUGAUGUUAAGUUUUGGUCUCAACACAUCUCUUUCAUCUUGGUUGGAAUAAUAAUCGUAACGUCCAUUCGAGGCCUGCUCAUCACUCUGACUAAGUUCUUUUAUGCAAUAUCAAGCAGCAAGUCCUCCAACGUCAUCGUGCUCGUCCUGGCUCAGAUAAUGGGAAUGUACUUUGUAUCAUCUGUGCUGCUGAUGCGCAUGAGCAUGCCGCUGGAGUAUCGCUCCAUUGUGACCGAGGUCCUGGGAGAACUGCAGUUCAACUUCUACCACCGCUGGUUUGACGUCAUCUUCCUGGUCAGCGCCUUGUCCAGCAUCCUCUUCCUUUAUCUCGCCCACAAGCAGGCUCCAGAGAAGCACAUGGCCCUCUGACGUUCUCCUCUUCAUCUAAAAGAACUCUGUCUGGAAUCUACAGAAAUCGCUUUAUUUACAAAUGCAUUCCUGAAUCAGGAAUGGCAGACUCUAGUUCAUGAGACAUUUGAUUAAAUGAUGAAGAUUUUAGUUUUACACACCAUAAUAACAUGGACAUGUUUCUUCUUUUCUUCAAAUUAUUCAGUUUUUUUCUUAAUUUUCAUAAAAACACGUUUCUGUUUUGUCUACACUGGAGCAAAAACAUUUUUUUUAUCCUGUUUUUCAUUAAAACAGGAAAUAACAAUGGAUACCAUGUUCAUGACUGUCUGUACUGUCCGGCAGACGUCUGGUUAGAAACAAAUAAAACAACGUGUACUUCAAAGUUAGUCAGUUCUGUUUAUUUGGGUUGCUUCUAGUAAAGACAGGAGCAGCUGAAGUCUUGAGGCUUUUUGCAGGCAAACAUGAAGAACUGUUGAUUGCAUGGAUAACAUUUAGCUGUUUAAAUAGCUUUUUUUUUUCUUCUUCUAACAUGAAAUGAAAUGAAGUGAGAUGAGGUCAUAGGUGGGUGGGGCCUGAGUGCAGAUCUCAACUGCUUAGGUAUGGUGACUAAAAACGCACAAAAAAAAAAUUGACCUUUGUGUUUUCUGACUAUAAACCUUCAUUAAAGACUCGUCAUGCGACAG